UUCCAAGAACAUGGCAAAGAAGACCAUGAAGAAGACCAAGGGUCGUCAGAAGAUUGAGAUAAAAAAGAUGAGCAACGAGCAUAACCUUCGGGUCACCUUCUCCAAGCGUCGAACUGGGAUUUUCAAGAAAGCCAGCGAACUUGCUACCCUCUGUGGUGUGGACAUUGCUGUCAUCAUGUUUUCACCCAGUAACCAGGUUUUCUCCUUUGGAAGCCCUAAUGUUGAUCCUGUUAUCCAACGCUACACGGCGCAAGGUCCACCUCCGCUCCUCACGCUGGACCUGAACGAGGCUCACAGCACCGUGGACGAGGGAGAACUCCAUGCGCAACUCAACAACUUGUCCGACCAGAUGGCGGCGGAGAAGAAGCACGAAGAGGCUCUGAAACGUCUGAUGAAGGAUGUGGAGGAACACUCGUGGUGGGCCAUGCCGAUGGAUAGCAUGAACGAUGCUCAGCUGGAGAAGUACAAGAAGAUGUUGGAGGAUCUGAAGGAAUGUGUGAAUGAAAAACGUGAGAAGCUCCUCCUUCAGACCACUUUUGCUUACAACUCACCCACUCAGUUUCUCACAGGUGGAAACAACUCCUUUUCCAGUGUUGAUAACUCUGAAACUAUACAUCCGCCAUUGUCGUUGUAGAAGCGCAUGCCUUUUGUGUGAUUGACGGGAACAUUUUGUGGCAACUUUUUUUACGGAUUCUGACGUGGAAGACCUUCUGAUAUGAUGCCCUCUUUAAAUUCUUAGGAUCUGUUUGUUUAACUUUUGCUGUGGGACAUGGUUAGGAUUGAUUACCUAGGAUUCUAUAGUUUUCCUUGUCUUCAAUAAUCUUCAUCAAGUGUUGGUGAAGUGUGUGUUCUUUAUGUGCUUUUUGUUUUUUUGACAG